AUGUUAAAAAAGUAUUGUUUCGAAGCUUUAGACGUUACACUUCGAGAUUUAAUGAGGUCGAAAAAUGAAGAUAACGCUCAUAAGCCUUUUGGAGGAAAAGUAAUAAUACUUGGAGGUGAUUUUAGACAAAUACUACAUGUAAUAAUUAGAGGAAGUAGACAGGAAAUCGUCGAAUCUACUAUAAACUCUUCCUUAUUGUCGAAACACUGCAAAGUUAUGAACUCCGACUCUGCCUUGCGAACUGAUGAGGAUUCUGAAAUCCAAGGUGAGUGGUUUACCACCGAAUUUUUGAAUGACACUAAAAUUUCAGGAAUGCCUAACCACAAACUUUUCGGAACAAAUGUCAAUGACAAAGUGCACAUUUUAAGAAUGGACUUGGUUCCUUCUGAUUCCAAAUUUCCAAUUAAAUUCAGAAGAAGGCAGUUUCCAAUUGUAAUAUGCUUUGCUAUGACCAUAAACAAGAGUCAAGGACAAGCACUAUCUCAGGUUGGACUCUUCCUUCCGAGGCCCGUCUUCACUCAUGGUCAGUUAUAUGUAGCUCUU